GUUGGGGUCGCCGUCUAGUUUAAAAUUGGAUUAGGGGGUCGAGGAGCUAAAAAGGUUGAGAACCGCUGGUCUAGUCUAUAUAGAAUUAUAGAUCUAGAUUCUAGAUCUAGCUCUUUAUCUCCCAAGCGACGAUAAUAGCGUCGGUCAUUUUUGUAAAAGCCGAUUAAGCGUCAACAUUGUCGUCGGUGCAGUUAAACAUCUUUGUUUCGUUCCUAUUCUUGGUUAAUAAUUUUAAAUGCUUAUAUUCUAAAUCUACGUGAUUUCCGCUUGCAGAAGAGUUCACGGUUUACUUCCUUCAACGUGGGUUUAAUAUUACAGAAAGUCGUCUUUUUUUGUUGUUGUUGUUUAUGUUUGGAAAUGGGUCGAUCCUCUAAAACUUGUAGAUCUAAAUUAUAUUCAGAUCAACAUUGGUUCAAUUUCAUGAAAAUAUGAAUAAGGAUUAUGAAACAAUAGCAUUAAAUUCAGUUUGGAAUAGAAAUGAUCUUCUUAUGUGACUUGGAUUAAAUUUUUUGUCGUCCAAUGAUGCCCAAGAUGAAAGAUGUCUUAAGGACAAUUUAUUUUUCAAACCUGAAACCUAAAAACCAAAAUAUAAAUACUCGGAAUCAGGUAUUUACUAUCCACCUCUUGUGAAAACAUUGGCUACUGUCAAGGCUUACAUUGAAUCUCUACCACUUUUAGAUGAGCCAGAAAUGUUUGGGCUCCAUGAGAAUGCAAACAUAGCCUUUCAGUUGAAUGAAACCAAUGCUUUACUUGGUCUUAUGGUGUUGUCUUAUGGGAACUGUUGACAGAAGAAGUACCCUACAAAGAUGUGGAUUCUUCUGCUAUCAUCUGGGGAGUGGGAAGCAAUAUCCUUCACCUUCCUGUUCCAGGCACUUGCCCAGAGGGCUUUAAAUUGCUGAUGAGGCAGUGCUGGUAUUUUAUGCCUCAUUGUAUUACAGCGGACCAUCAAGGAAAUAUUUGGUUAACAGAUGUAGCAAUGCAUCAGGUUUUUAAAAUACCACCAGGUCAGACUGUACCAAAAAUGACACUAGGACAGAAGUUCCAACAUGGUGAAGAUACAAAUCUUUUUUGUAACCCUACUGAUGUAGCUGUUCUUAUGUCUGGAGAGUUUUUUGUAUCUGAUGGGUACUGUAAUAGCAGAGUUCUGAAAUUUUCCAAAGAUGGAACUUUUUUGAUGUCCUUUGGGAAAAGGAACGUUCAGUUUGGUGCAGGAGGUUUACUGUAUGCUGUGAAUGGUCCUGCUUUUGAUGGCCCCAUUGAUACAACUGUCCAGGGUUUCACAUCAGACAUAAAUACUGGAGAUUUGUUGGAAAUGUGGAAUGUACCAGAUAACAUGCAAAACCCACAUUAUGUAGCAGCAGAUCCAGUAACACAUAGCAUCUAUGUAGGGGAAUUGGACCCUGAAAGUGUUUGGAAGUUUAGCAGACCUGUUACAGUACAGUCAAGUUCACAGCAUAACAAAGUUGAGGAAAGUACUCAGAGCCAGUUACUGUCAGCAAUCCAUUGGACCAGAGUGAAACCAAUACCACAGAGUUGUCUGAGGCUAUCAAAGAUAGCAGUGAUGUCUCUCCCUCUGUCAUCAAUUGGCAUCUUACUUGUGGAAAAUUUAAAUGUUAUGGACAUGGAAAGAAGGGAAAGGUUUUUAACCUUAAAGGCUUUACUUGGAAUUCUCAUAAAGGCUUUGAUAGACUUAGUACUGAGGAAAGUGAUCAUGAGGUUGACCCAGAUGAUUUAGAUGAUAAAGACUAUUUGACACCUCCCAAGACGAAUAAAGCAUAGCCUCAAGUUCAAGGCUGACUAAAUUGUGUAAAUUAAUCUUUUUUUUUCUUUGUUAUUAGUUGGUCAUAUCAUAAUAUUCUGCCAUUACAGUCAGGGUUUAAACUUGUUUACAUGUUGAAUCUGAUACCAACUAAAUCUCAUAAACACAUAAUUAACCAUAGACCCACCUCAUGUAAAAAAAAAUGUUUUGUAAAAUGUUUUACAUAUUUCGGAUGUUCUUUCAGAGUUGAAGAUAGUUUACUUCCUAGUCCAAAUCUCCCGCAGGACGACGGGGGAUGGGAGCGGGCAGGGUUUGAACCCGGGACCAUCGAUAAAUCCAAACGGCAGUCCAGCGUGCAAACCGCACGACCAGGCAGCCAUAUUACAUGUUAUUAGUUGUAAGUUGUAUUACAAUAACUAAGUGAUUUUGAGCUCAUAAAAUUUCAAAAUAAAAUUAUAAAAUGCUUUUGUCAUUCUAAAAAAGAAAAAAAGAUUACUAUGUUGGAUUUUUUUUGGAUAGCAAAGGCUAUUUGACCUUUUUAUUUCAAUAUGUGAUAUCAAAAUUUUUAAUUCAUUAAUUUGUUUAAUAUUUGUCGAAAGUUUGCUUUUGAAUAAAAUAUUUAUCAGCAUUAUUAUCAUUUAAUAAGUAUAUUUUGUUUUUUAAUUUUAUGAAUGAUUUGAUGUUAUAAUGCCAGGUCAUUUACAAAGCACACGCCUGCCAACUUUCUUUUUGCAAUGAUUCUCAAAACUUAAUUAGCUACCAAAUGAUUGUUUGCUCACUUGGUUGUGAUGAUUCAACAUUCCUGUUAUGUUCCACCAUUUCCUUCUUCAAUUCUAAAGCUGGCUUUAUUUCAUCUAGUGAAUGUACCAUUAGUGUUAGUGACCCUGGCAAACUAGCCAUUUUAUGCACAAUUUUAAAAUGUUCAUAUGGAUAAUAUGGUUAGUUUUUUUAUAGCAUUUUUGACUACAUGGAGUUCCAGACAACUUUCCAUGUUGCUGGUCCCUUUCUCAUGUCAUUAUUAAAUCUUAUUUAAAAAACAAAAAAAACUUGUUAGAUGGUAACAUUGUCCAAAUUGUUACUAGUUUUAUGUAAUGUGUUUGAAAACUAUGACUUCCUUAGAUUGACUACUAGACUCUCAUUCAUGUAUUGCAUUUCUUUAUUUUAAAAUCUUGUUAAGGCUUGUUUAAAAUCUCUCGACACUCAACUUUUUAUGCCAUAUUACAAUGUUUAUUUGUUAAUUCAAUUGUUUAGUCAAAUGUUUGUUUUCCAAAGUGUUACUAUUUGGUGCAAUCAAAAUAUUUAGUGGCAUUUUACAUACAAACACUGGUAGUUGAAAUCAGUAGCACAUUUUAGCUAAUUUCUGAUGAAUCAAAAUAAAAAUGUUAUGAUAUAAAAAUAAUUUUAAAUUUAAAAACCUAAAUGAAAAAAAUUGUAUUUUUUGUAAAUAUAGUUACAGUUAUAUUGAAUAGAAUUAUUUAUGUUAGCAACUUUUGAAUGCAUCACAUAAUUUUAAUUUGACACAGAAACUGAAAAUCAUUUCAAUUAAAGAUUGUUGACUGUUGUUUCACCUCAGAUGAAUUGAUUACAUUUUAAGAAGUUAUCAGAUAUUUAUAUUUAUGACAUACAAUUUUUUUGUUAUGUUAUGAGUUGUUUUUGUUUUUAUUUUCUACAUGUUCAGGGUAUAAAGUUCUAGUGCAUACAUACGUAGAUUUCAACCCACAUUUUUUUAGUUCUUACUUAUGUAUUUACAUACAUGUACUAAGAACUAAUAUGAAAUUACAACUUAAUCAUUUUUUGUGUGAUUUUUAUGUAUUUGAACCAAUUUUUAUUUUAAAUUAGCACAAGUUAAAUCUGUUGAUCAGAAUUUUUUUCCUUGGUAAUAGUUAUAUUUAUACUCAAACCUAUUUGAUGUUACUUCUGCAAAGAUUUAUAGACACUCAGAGGAAAUGAUAUUAGCAUGGUAGACACAGUUAAACUUUUAAGGCAGAGUUUUGGAAUUAAAGCUAAAAUUUUAAAAUAAAUCAAAAACAUUGAUAAACAAGCUGUUUACUGCUAGUUUAGUGCAUCAAUCCAUUGUCUGCUUUUGAUUUAGUCUUUGGUUCUUGAUUUCUAUGCUGCACUGUCAAUAACUUUACUUUUUUGAAGCAGUUCUAUUAAUCUCUUUCAAAUACUAUUUGCUUAUACUAAUCAGAAUGUAAGAUUUAAUGGGUUUGAUAUUGGUUUCAACUGGUGAUGGUCCCCCUAAAGUAUUGUAUUAGUACUUCAAAACUUACUUAUGUACAGUUUCAUUAAUCAAUUAUAUUUUUUAGGCUGUUGAAGGUUUAUCAAUCGAUUUUUUUUUUAUCUGGUGGAGACAUUUAACCAUUUUGUUUUUGCCACAAAAAAAAAUUUAACUUGUCUCUUGUGAAAAAUGAAAUCAAAAGUGAAUGAUCACCUAGUCUUUGAAAGUUCAAAAUAUUUGUACUACUUUAUUGAUGUCAUGUACUCACAUAAUAUUUGUGUGUUAGUGUUUGUCUUAACAUGUUGAUGUUGUUUUGUGAUAUCUACAUCAACAUUGUCUCUUGUUGGUGGGGUAUGCAAGACAUUGGUUCUAUGCUGUUGGUAAAAAUUUCUCAUCCUUCAUUGACUUCCAUUGUACUCCACCUUGCACUUAGAGUGUUUUAUGGAGUGCUAGAAAUCUAAAAAGUAUCCCAGUCAUAAUAGAAGUUUAUAGAUUUUUAAAACUUACCACAUUCAGAGCAUUUCAUUUUUACUUUGCUCUUUUUUUUAUUGUGUAUGUUCUUAAUUGUAAUCAACAUCUGACAGUGCUACAUAAUGUUUUAUUUAAUGACUGAGCAUAAUGCUUAAUUUGAUUUUAAUGUGGCUAAGAUUCAAGAAACAUGUUUACAAGUUCAUUGCUAAAAACACCUGGUGCAGAGUCAAUGUAUAUUAAUCUCUGAAAUGAAAUGGGACUAACAAUGACUUUCAAAAUAGGAAUGUCAUUUGUUUCUCAAAUGUUAGUAGCAUAGAAAACAUGGACUGUGUGGUCUAUUAUCUUAAUGUGUGUUUGAUGUAUUGUAAGUGAUCAUAUGUAACAGUUAUGGGUAUAGAGAAUAAAAUACAAAAUAUUUAA